ACAGCUCAAAACCACACUGAUUAGUAGGUUGGCGUUAAUUAGUUUCCCUCUGUUUAUACCUGCACCAAAAAGGACCAAACAGGUCGUGUUUUCCCGGUAUAUUUUAGACGUAUACCGAGUUAAACUAGAAUGACUCUGUUAACAUCAGCGUGUCUCUGCGUGGCUCUGCUGUUCGUCUGUGUCGUGGAUUUGGCUUCCUCAGACCAGACAACCAUCACAGCUGAGUCUGGACAGAAGAACGUCACUCUGACAUGUCGAGCUCCACAAGGCAAAACCAUCAGAGCUGUGAAGUGGAGCAGAGCUGACCUGGGAGAUAAAUAUGUGCUUUUGUACCGAGAUGAGCUGUUUGAUCAAACAAGCCAGCAUCCAUCUUUUAAGAACCGGGUGGAUCUGCAGGACAGACAGAUGAAGGAUGGAGACGUGUCUUUGAUUCUGAAGGAUGUGACGAUUAAUGAUGCUGGAACAUACGAGUGUCGUGUCAUUGUGGGAGAAUCAGCAUCAUUGGAGAUCAUGGGAACCGUCAACAUGAGUGUUCUUCCUCCAGGUCACCAGGGAGACACGGAGGAUGGAGGGAUAAAGGAUAUCCCUGUUGGACUUAAAAUCGGUCUGUCAUUUAUUGGUGGGAUUGUUUCAGGUUUUCUUUUGUGUUGUUUUGGGAUCUUUCUUUGCAUUUACUGCACUAAUGAUGCUGAGAUUCAGACUUAGGCACUAUAAGUCUCCUGACGACCAUCACAAGGUUUAAAAAACCCUAAAAUGAAAACACAGUUUAAAAACUGAUGUUUGUUGAAAACGCCUACAGUAACACAUUAAAUAUUUUUCAAUAACAACGAUGGUUUAAAAACCCUUUGGGCCUGUAACCUUAAAAAUAUUCAUAGUACGAAGGGAAAAAUAUCCCUUCCUAAUUUUUGUCUACUGGCUUUAAACAUAUUAAAGCCAGUAGACAAAAAUUCUGAGGAGGAGAGCUGAGAGGCACUGCCUUAUUAAAAAAAAAGACCUCAUACUUACUAUGUCAUUUGAUCAAAAUUUAACCAAGCUACUGCUUAAUUUAUGCGUCUGCUGUAAACUUGUAUAUAGAAGCUACGAUGUGGCCUCUCGAAGUGUUGGGAGGUGUUAUUAAUGCCUGUGAUACUGAAAGUUCACAGUUGCUGCCUGAGUUUCUCUCUUUAAAUUGAUCAAAUUUCUUUAAGUCAAAAACUGUUACCAGAGGAACACAUAGCCACAUAUGCAUAGGAGGAAAAAUGGGAAUUCCUCACGUCUCAAAACAAGCACCGACAUGUUUUUGUUCUUUUAUUAUUAUUAUUGUACUUGUUUUUUUUUAUUAUGCUUCCCUCAGUCAUGUGCAGUUGACCAAUGGGAGCACAGAGCAGUGAUUGUCUCAGUUUUUCUGCAGAGUGCAGCUGUUACAUGAGACCUGCAGACUGAGAAUAUUCUGCUUCCUGUGCCAGACUGUUGUGCACCAACAUGCUGUAUAUAAAUGUAGUGCUGGGAAACAGUAAAUACCUCCUGAACUGAGUAACUGGUUGUGCCAGUUUGUUGGCAGCAAGAACAACCGUCAAGUAUUUGUGAUAACCUGCACUGAUCAAUGUCACGCUGAUCUUUGAAGAACUGAGUUCAGUCACACUGGAAGAUUCUCAAGCAUCAACGGCUUGUUUCACUACACUUUCCUAACCAUAAUGCUUCACCACUGUUCCACGUUUUCUCCAUGUGUGGAUAACAACUCUCAUCAUGCUUUACUGGAGAGUCACACUUCUUUGCAUCACUUUAUAUGAAACGGCUCAACUCAUAAAGUAACCAGCAGAGGGCGACGAGGAGCUGAUCCAAUGCUUUUCCAUCUCUUUAAAUACAAAGUAGCUUCUUACUGUAACAACUGUCCAUGACUGAUAGUCAACUGUGUGCUGUUCCAUCCAAAUAUGCUUUAACAACAUUAACAGUGUGUUUACAGGAGGUACUGCAUGGGGGACUCAUCAGUUUUAACUAGAUCAUCAACAGCGACUGAAAUGAAACUCCACAACAUGAAACUGUUCACUGAUGAGACUUCAGUGAACAGUAGAUGAAUCAACUGAAGGACCAGAUGCAUCUCUCAGGUCCUGUUUCUUCAGGACAUGACUUUCACAGACUGUUUAUCUGCUGCAGAUAGUUGUUUUGUUUUGCUUUUUAGCCCUGAUACUUCGUCUUUCCUCAUUCACUUGUCCAGUUUAGUCAGAUUUUUAAGGACCCACUGCACACUGAGAUACUCCAACUUUUAAGAUAUCCGUUAAAGAAUCAGAUAGUUGGUGCAGUUCUGUUAUUCUGUCUGUCAAACUGUGUUAUCUUUGGCAGGUUUCCCAAAUCUAACUAAAGAAAUGGAAACAAAUGUGUUGUUGGGACAGAUUUCUUGUAAUAAAGUCUCUAAAGUUACAGUUUAA